UUUCUGGUUCUGCUAAGAAAGCGGAUUUGUUUCAAUGAUCUUUGAAAAAGGAAAUUGCUUGGAGGUAUCUGAAGCCAAUGUCACCACCAUUAUAGGCAUCUCUCAGGUCAGAGGCGAGAGUGAAGAGCAAUGGGACGGAAGAGAAGGAGGAUCGCAGAGAAAGGAAAAGGAGAAGAGUACGAGAAGUGGAGAGAGCAAAGGAUCAAAGAGAACAAGGGGAGAAUGCAGAAGCUUGGCAUUUUGGACCUCUCCCUAAAACUCAAGCCCAAGCCUCCUCCCCAAAAGAUCCCAAGAAACCUUCCUUCUUCUGACGACAAAGCCCACAAUUCUCUUCCCGUUUCCCAGCCCACCAGACGCUCUUCUAGGUUGAAGACAUUGGCUCCCGUCAGCUAUGUAGAAAACCGUAAACCCAAGUUUCCAGAAAACGAUGAGGUUGAGAUUCACUUAGAAGAAGGUCCGAAACCGGAGAUAUAUACCGAAGAACACGAAAUGCUUUUGGGUGAUUGUGAAAUGAGUUGGACUCUGCUUGUGGAUGGCUAUGGAAAUGAUGGGAAACGCAUAUAUGAUCCUGUCAAAGGAGAAACAUGUCAUCAAUGCAGACAGAAAACUCUCGGCCACCGUACACAUUGCAGCAAAUGUAAGUUGGUCCAAGGCCAACUUUGUGGAGAUUGCUUAUACACGAGGUAUGGGGAGAAUGUGAUUGAAGCGAACCAAAAUCACAAUUGGAUUUGUCCUGUUUGUCGUGGGAUUUGCAAUUGCAGUCUUUGCCGCCAAGAAAAGGGGUGGAGACCAACUGGUGCUAUCUACAGAAAGGUUGUCUAUAACACAUUGAAACUUUGUUCCUUUGUUUAGAUUAUGUGCUCUGUCGUCUGAAGGUAAAAGACUGGGUUUUAAGUCUGUUGCCCAUUACCUCAUCCAAACUUAUCGUGGUCAAGUGAACAUGGAAAGUUUGGUUUCUGCAGAACCUCAGCAGGAGCAGGAUCGCCACAUUCUUUGCUGAAUGAAGCUAAAGAUAUUGAUAAGGACUUGAUGGAUCCACAAGGACUUUAGGUGAGGCAUGUGAAGAUGGCAGAGCAAGACGAGGAAAAGGAAGUGCAGGGCUUAGAUUGCAAUAACGAUAAUGAUAGUGUUGAUACUGAUGACAGGUAAAACUAGAGGGAAGCAUGAUGAACAGAAUAGAAUUUUAAUCAAGCUAGAGUAUGAAUCGCUGUGAAGAUUGGGAGCUUUCUUUCUUUUGAGAGUAGUGGUUUCUUUUGUGAGAAAAGGUUUUAGGAGGUUUGCCCAUUUUGCUGAUAACAAUUUUGUGUAUGCACGUUUCCUUUGUACCUUGUGGUUUCAAGAAAAGUUUUUCGACUACAAUGUGAUGGCCAUGGUAUUACAGUUUAUCAGUCCUAAAGAUUGUCAGCAAUCCCAAUUUCUGUUAGAUUGUAUAACCAUAUGACUUUUUUGGAAAGGUGGAACUCCUAUAA